AUGAUGCUGAUAACAUUUCUUGCGAUAGGAAGAACUCUGCCGACACCAGUUUCCUGCAAAGUAUGUGGCGAUCGAUCAUAUGGAAAACAUUAUGGUGUUUAUUGCUGUGACGGUUGUUCGUGUUUCUUCAAGAGAUCCGUGCGUCGCGGCGCUUUGUUCACUUGCACAAAUAGUGAUGGGUCUUGCACCGUUGACAAAGCCAGACGAAAUUGGUGUCCACAUUGCCGUUUAAAGAAAUGUUUCUCUGUUGGCAUGAAUACAGCAGCGGUGCAAGAAGAACGAGGGCCGCGUGCUCGGAGCAAUGCCCUCUCAAAUUCGAAUAAUUCUAAUGUCACUUGGAAGCCUAGAGUUGAUUCAUCGACAACUUUUUGUGCACGUUUCAAUAGCUCUGGACUAUAUCUGCCUUUCAAGAAUCCUGCAUUAAACAAUAUUUCAAUGAUGAAGACGUUACGCGAGUCUGAAACCAGAGAAAAUAUUUUCUUCCCUGUCAUGUCGCGUCAUACGCAGCCGACCAGGAUAAUAUCGCCCGGUAAUUUAUUGCGUACAGGCACGGCUAUACAAUACGAGAUAUCCGCACAAAUAUUCCUGGCUGCUAUUCGGAGCGCACGUCGUCAUCAAAAUUUUUCAAUGCUGGAUGUAGACGAACAAAAUAAGAUUCUUCGUCGUGGAUGGUCUGCUCUUUUUGUUUUACGCGCAGCUACAUGGCCGGUCGAUUUAAUGAACGUACGAGGACAAGGUGCAACAAAUAACGAUGGUGCUUCAGCCUGCAUAAUCGCAACGCGUAUCGCAAUCGCAAAACUGCAACUCGACGAUGUCGAAUUAUGCAUUUUAGACACAUUUGCGCUGUGUCGUCCCGAAAUUGCCGAUAAUAGCAACAGUUUUCACGUAAUGUCACAAGCGAGAAAUGAUGCUGUGGAAGCUCUAAUACGACAUCUUCAACCUCAAGACGAUCGCGAGAACAAACUGGCGAAAAUUUUAUUCGUCUUACCUAUUCUCACCGGUUGCUGUUCUCGAGAAUUGACCGAGGAAUUGUUCGCACCAAUUAUCGGCGAUGCAGAUCUGGACAGAGUUAUCGCAUCUGUGCGAUAAAUCUUUCACAAUAAUAAAUAUUUGCACGUUAUUAGAUUUGAUUUAAUGGGCGUUUAUA